AUGUCAUCGUCAGACGUGCGAGACGUGCUGAGCCUUCACCAGGAUGGCGCAGGAAGCAGCGGAGCGGCCAGUCGACCGUCGAAGAAGCAGAAGACGGGGACAUCAUCGGCCUUUCUAUCCGCAUCGCGAUCGAGCUUGAAGGGUCUGGCGCGAGAAAUCCAGAGCCUCGGCGGAGCGAACCCCAUCGCGAUUGUACCACAGCUGAUGCCGAGCUUCAAGAAGAGGAGAAUAUUUAACCGCAAGCCGACGGCGCACUGGGAGCUGCGGGCAUUUAAGAACUCGGCACGCGAGGAUGGAAGUCUGGUGCUGCGGCACUGGCGACGACAACCCGAGGCGAGCGAAGGCGCAGCACAACAGCAGACGGAACCUGGGAGCACAGUGGACUCAGAGGGCACAGUACCAGAGCCAGCACUAGAAGCAGCACCAGCACCAGCACUAGUGCCGGCACCAGAGGCGUCCAUGGAGGAUUCAGUGUUUGCCAAGUUUAACGUCAAGGUGGUUGUGCCACAGUACAACGACGACCAGUACAAUGCCAAUCUGGUGCACCCGGACUGGACGCGGGAGGAGACAGACUACCUGCUUGAACUUGUCAAGGACUUCGAUCUCCGCUGGCCGCUCAUCUGGGACCGCUACGACUACCGACCAGGCGGCGGCGGAACUGGAGGAGCGAUUUCCUCGUCCACGUCACUCGUCACGGCAUCUGGCACAGCAUCGUCUCGGUCGAUGGAGGAUUUGAAAGCGCGGUACUACGAGAUUGCAGCGAAGAUGAUGGCAGUGCAGAAGCCGGCGCAGUAUAUGACGCAAGCCGAGUACAAUUUGCACGGGAUGAUGGCCAACUUCAAGCCGCAGCAGGAAAAGGCACGGAAGGCGUUUGUCAGCAAUGCGCUGACCCGGUCCCGGGACGAGGUGCGCGAAGAGGAGGCUCUGCUGCUGGAGGUCAGGCGUAUUAUGGCUCGCGUCGAGCGGACAAACGAGGAACGACGCGAGCUGUAUAACCGGCUCGACUUUCCCCACGCCGACACGGACAUCAGCUCCUUCAAGACGAGCUCGGGCCUGCACACGCUGCUGCAGAGCCUCAUGUUCCACAGCGAGAAGUCCAAGAAGCGCAAGAGUCUUGCAGCGGGCGAGGUGGCAAAUCCGAUGCCCGGCGGCGCUGCUGGCGGCUCCGGCUCGACGGCAGCAGUGGGCGGAGCGGCCGAGUCGGGCGGACGGCGUGACAGCAUUGCGGCAUCAGCUGCAGGCGGCCACCACCACCACCGGCGCGAUUCCAGCACGGUCAACCUGGCGAACGUGGAUGCAGGAGGAGCGGCAGCGGGGGUAGCGUCGGCGAUGUCGGGUCCUGGGAAGAACAAGAAGGGCGGUGCACAGGCAGAACGGCGCAAGCUGACUGACCAGGAACGAGAUGUGUAUGGCGUGACGUACCACGACCGACUUGGAUCCGGGCCGACGUUCCGAUACGAGAAGAUUAACAAGCUCUUUUCGCACAAGAGCGGCCAACAGCAGCUGCGCAUCACGAACAUCUUGAACGAGCUGGACAUGCCAGCACGGUUGUUUAUGCCGACGGCAGCGGUGACGGCGCAGUUUGAGCAGCUGGUCAAUGCGGUCGUGCAGCUGGUGGACCUGCGCAAGGGCAGCGACAAGCUGGACAGUGAGAUCAAGAUCGAGGAGCAGCGGAAGAUGGAGCGCGACAAGACUCGGCCGCCGCUGGCUGCCCGGGCAGAAGGGGUCAGCAGCGGAGACGCAGCGGGAUUAGAUAAGAAGAAGGCUGAUGCUGUUAUCUCGACGGGCGAAGCGUCUGCUGCUUCUGACACGAUCACGGCAGAUGGAAAGACGGAAGAUGUCACGGCUGCUGAAGAGCGGCAACCGAGGAGGAACAGGACGGAAGACGGCAAAAGAUCAUCCGACAACGUGGCCUUGAAGACCGAAGAGGAAGAUCAGAAGCCAGCAACGACGACAGCCGGCACCGGCACCGGCACCAGCAGCAGCGGCAGUGCAGAAGCUGAUGCCGAUGCCGAUACAGAGGACGGCGACCCGGGCAGGCUGGCAGUACCGGGCUCGCGGCCGGGAAGCAGCAGCAGCGGCAUUGCGCUGGUGAACACAGGGCAAAAGCGCAGUGCCAGCGUGCUGAGUGCAGCCAGCGACAAGAGCGCAAAGCGGCAGAAGAAGUGA